AUGGAUUAUUUCAAGACACUGACCUUACUACCAAAACUAUACCACAACACAAGGAAAGAGGACGAGAAAGAAGGGACCUGGUGCAUUGUGGGACAGCUAUUACCGGCCAGCGGUAUUUUUCGUGGACAUAGAAAUUUACGAGAAAUUUCAGAUCACAUGUAAUUUUGUUGUAAAUAUUCUUUGAGUUAUAGCUUUUUAUAUUGUAGUAUGUCUGGACAUAAAGUAAAGAAAGACUCAAAAGAUCCUGCCGCAGCAAAUGGAUCAGUUUCCGCUACAAUGAAAAAAGCUUUAAUGUCAAAUUCUACUUGGGAGGACAAGGUAGGCUUAAGCAUGCACGCGAGCGAGAGUUCUCGAACGAACUCAUUCUGAUACGAGUUUGAUUUGUCGUUCUAAAAGAUUUAUGACGAACGUAAAGGUCAGCUUGUAAGACUAGCUUAUCUGCCUGAGGCUCGUUAACACCUUUUUUGAUAAUAUGCUAAUGAUCGUAGAUUCUCGUUGUUAGUUAAACAGCAUUCGCAUUGUAUAAUAGUCAUCAAAUAAUAAUAUUAAUUUUACUUAAAAGCAGUAAGCCACAAGUCUGGGAAGAUCUGUGGUUUGUUACGACCAGAGCAGAUCUCUCUUUUUAUGUAAAUGGAUAGGAGAUCUGCAGUUCCACACACAGUGUGCCCAGUCACUUAGUCGUAGGUAAUUUUUUUGCUUGAAGGUCCCUUUGCAGAGAGGAGGUGGGAGAGAAUUGUCUUGUGUCAACUUUAGGGAUUAGCUGCCGUGAAAGGGUGGAUUGUCAAAUAUGAGAUAAAGGAUAAACGAUAAUAUUUUAUUAGAUGGAACUCCUCUAGAAAAGGAUGUAAAGUGACUGAGUGAGACCUUUAGGAUGAGGUCUUUGUGACUAAUUUUAAGACAAAAAUGAUCACAUGGCUACAAGGCAGGAGCCCAGCCUGAUUUUAGUAGCGUACAGCACCUGGGCAGAGGGCUUCGAGGGGAGGGAGAGAGGGCUGGGGAUACAUGGUGUGGAUCAUUUGGCUGCUCAAGACCUGUUUCCAGUUGAAGCAAUUCUUCAGCCAAUCAGAAACAUUACCCAGAUGUGGGUAGUGCUGUGUCUCAUCAGUGUUGAAUUUCUGCACUCAUUCCUCAGACAUCAUUUCACAGGGAACCACCUUGGUGGCAUCACCAAAUGUCAGCUGUUUUCUCGGGCUAAUACCAACCUUGCUGUCAGUCUACUUUCUCGUUUUCUAAGAAGCCUGGGAACGAAAUUAUGUUGCUGAUGAUGUCAUACAUGUAUUUUCAGUGUCACUCAUAAUCAAUUUACAGUCUACAAUCUGCCGUCUAUACUUUGCAAAAGUCACGUGCAUAGAAUAUUGCACUCAGAGAUUCAAGUUCUUUGUGGCAACUGUUGAUUACUUGUUUCUCUUUUUUUACUAGGAUGAAUUUCUUGAUGUAAUUUACUGGUUUAGACAAGUUUUAGCAAUUUUGUUAGGCAUCAUUUGGGGUAUUCUUCCACUGAAAGGAAUCCUUGCUAUUGGACUGUAAGUAUUCCACAUGCUGUAUAUGCUUUGAAUCAAUAGGCCUUCACGGUUCCAGAAACCUUGCGUUUUUUAGCAUGUCCAUAUGAACAACCUGUCAUGUGGCAAUGAGUUAAAUGUUCUUAUCAUAGUCAUAUAACAUAGGUUUUUGAGGUACCUGUAGCUUAUCAGCAGUGUGCAUGUGUCUAUAAUAUUAUUGAUAACAGGUCAGACUGGAAAAUGGGAUUUCCAGGUACCCAGUCAAUUGUUUAUGCAUACUUGCUUGGCCCAUUCAUGCAAGUAAACUUAAAAACAACUUGCCCAAGAGAUAACAAGCCCUGUUGAACCCAUAUUUUAAGUUUCUUACAAACUGUACAGGUUUCCUUGCAGUCACAUCAGUUAUUCUUGUAACUUUAUUACAAUUAUCUUUGAAUUUCUGUUUACAGGUUUGCUUUGCUAAAUGCUGGUAUUCUAUACAUUUACUUCACAAACUUCCAAAAGAUUGAUGAAGAAGAGUAUGGUGGCCCUUGGGAACUUACGAAAGAAGGUUUUAUGACAUCAUUUGCAUUAUUUUUGGUAGGUAUAUUGGAAACCAAGGGGGUAGCUACCAAAUAUUUUUAUAUUUUUAUGACAUUUGUAUUUUCUUCAAGGUGGGUGGGGGGAAUGCAAAUUCAAGGCAGGCAUUUGUUUAAAGGGGACAUUUAUUUCAUUCUUCAGAAUUUCAUCCAUGCGAUGUGAUGUCCUUGAAUGGGUCAUUCUCUAAUGAUUUUACAUGUUAUUAUAGUAUAUUCAAUGAAGAUAAACAUACAUUUGUAUCUUACUCUUUGUGAGGUGGGAGGGGACACACACACACCAGCAUUUCUCUCCUGGCUCUCUCUCUCUCCCUUCCUCCUUAUUUUUUCCCCGUUGUUUACCUUCACACUGCCCUGCACUAUCUGAACAGGCUAAUCCUGUGUAAGCAUGCAAAAUGCAAAAGAAAUCUAGACUCAAAUUUUAUGUGUUACGUAGUGUUCUUACCAGGAUUUCAUACACUGGGGUCCACAGGACCCAUAGAGAAUCUCAAAGGGGGUCAUGAGGGAGAAAAGCGAGUCACAAUUUUUAGAUACAGUUAACUCAACAUUUUUACAGGUCUGAGUAUUAGAUAAUGAUAGGUGUUUUCUAAAGAUGUCCUAACCAAUUAAAUUUGGGUUUAUAUUAUAAGGAAAUGUACGUAUGUGUGAGUAUGGCUACGUACGUUUUGUAAUAGGUUUUUUUUCCUCCUUUGCUCCCUUGGGACCCCUUACUCUAAUUAUAUACAUUACAGUGUGGUAUUUCCUGAAAAAGUGUGGAUAUGCCUCAAAGCCGCAGUCUAGUAAGAACACUGGUUACCGCUUAACUCAGAUUCAAAUCUCGAAGAAAGUGGGGGCCAGCUAAUCUAGACCAGAAGUGAAGAAGGGGACCCAAACUUGCAAGUAUUCUUUUCUUGGCAUUGUAUGCUUUAGUUUGGCCCAAAAAAUAAGGUGGGUGCAUAGUCCCCCUAGGCCACCAUCCUAGAUCUGGACACCACCAAGGAGACCUCCUGCUCCAAUGGUACUCUUAAGAGCAUGCAGAGGGAAAUUGACGUAGCCUUCCCUCCUUCCCCCCGUUUAAGAAAUUGUGACAUUUUGGGGAGCAAAAUGUGUAGGAUUUGGGCAAUGGCCCUUGAAAGAAAGUUAAAUGAAGGAGGCAAUAUUUUCUGAUUCCCAAAAGUUACCAGCAUUGCAGGACAUUCCGAGUGAAAAAAGACGUUGACUGGCACUUACUUCAAACCUAAGGCAACAAAAAUUCUACUUUCCCUAAUCUUCCUCUGUAAUAAACUCAGAGAUGGCAGGUACAACAACAUGAACAUACCAAGCUAAUUCACCUGCCCAAAAUACACCUGCACUGUAGGCUAGCGGGCUUAGAAUGUGAAACAAAGGUUGUGUUGAUUCUUAACCUGUGUCAGCCUCUUACAUACAUUUAGUAAAGACAUCGCAAAAAUAAAACAAGCUAUGUGAAAAUAUGAUAAGACACCCUGAUCUGGAGAAGGGAGUGGUGCCAGGGAAAAUAUGGGAGUAGAGACCGCCCUCUCUUUCCUCAUCCCCACACUUUUUUUUGCUCAUCACUUUUUCAUUAUACAACUGACCCUACUAUCAGUCUGUCUGGUAGUGACACAACUACCUGAUGCUUAGUACAGCCAUUGUGCAAGGGCGACUGAAUAUCUUUGUCAUCAUCAACAUGAAUUGGGUGCUACAUUGUAUUGUGGCAGUAGAGGUGUAGCCCAGUUGUAGUUCAAUAUAUGGGGUAUGUGCCACCAGAUAGGAUACGUUUUUUGAGGGUCUUGAUCCUUAAUUAGGUCUCAUCACUUUUUCUCUUGUCGGCAUUCUGUUGUUCCCUUUGUGAUCCUUAGUUAGGGUACCUAAAUUGUGCCAGCUAAAAUUUAAGUGCUUAAAUGCCCAGCGACGUGAGAUGCAAUUAAUAAUCUGGCAAAAUUGAGCUAUGCCUUAGUGUAUUUGGAAAUCGAUUUAAUGAAUGAAGGUUUAUGUGUUGCCAUUGAUUGAAUUCUUAGUUGUUGUUUUUCCCUUGAAUAGGGUGUCAUGUUUUGCAUUUGCCUCCCCCACCUCCCCUUCUCCUUGGAGUUGUAGUAGUACUUUUGACAUGAUAAUUGGCAUUUUGGACAACAUUACGGCAGGAAUAACGUCUUCUUUUGACAGCAGCUUUCCACUACUGCAAAUCUGUUACAUCGUUCACAAACUAUACAAGGUUUUGAACGCGAUGUAAUUAGUUUAAAUUAAUUCUUUUUUUUUUAUUAAUAUCUAUAGCUUUGUAAAAUAAUUUCGCAAUUCGCUUAUUUCUAAGCACGACGAUUUUAUUAAUAAACCAGACUUACUUAAACCAGACCUACUUACCAUUUCAAAACCAUUAUUUAUAGAGUUCUUUUGGCAUUGUUUAGAUUUUGGCGAGAAAGAGAAGUAGAUAGUUGCCGGCUUUGAAUAAUUAAAUUGCGUUUUUUGAUUCCUUUCCUAGGUUGUCUGGAUUAUAUUUUAUUCUGCCAUACACUAUCCAUGACAUAUAAAUAUUCUUCCCUAUCUCACAUCUAACGACUUUAAAGCUGGAAUAAACUCUUCUUGUCAUUUCGCCUAAUAUCGUCGUCAUCAUCAUCAUCAUCAUCUUCAUCAACAAAAACAAUCAACGGCUACAAGAAACUGAAAUAAAAACCAAUUUGCAGCCACUUGUCCGUGGACCUUUGCAUCCUCUGGCGAAGAUAUUCAGAAAACCUUCAACCACUUACUUCAGCCCCUGAGCAAAAUUUGGACAUAUUUUUCAAGUCAUAAAACAUGUUUAUUAUACAGGUGCGCAGCUUUGCAACAUGGUUGCAAAGGUGGUUUGUUAUUUUUCACCAGAGACGGAGUGAAAUAUGGUCGUAUAAAAAGGGGAUCGUUCUUCCUGUAAUAGUAACGGUCUGCACUCAAGAUCAGUGGUAGUAAAGUUGCGACAACUCUGAAGUCACAACGCAUGUUCUCCGAAUGAUAUAAUGUAAUGGUCAAAAAGGCUUAAUUGUGCGAGCAGAUUUCCCAGAAAUGAAGAUGGUAUAAAGCUGAAGUCAACGUUAAUCUGGCACCACUGGUUCAAAAGGUGGAUGGAUAGUGCUAUCUACGAGAUAAAUCUUUACCCAGUCGAUAGUGCAACAACAAGGUCUACGUAAGCAACAAAUUUUGCAUUUAGCUUUCUGUUGACAAUAAUGUGACGAUGUUAUUGUUUUCUUUAGUCUGUGGAUUACAAUCUUUAAGCUUUAUGUUAUUUUACUGAUGUGGCCUUAAUAUAUGGAUAGAAUAGAUCUUAAUAUUAACACAGUAAUAAACUACUGUAGUAUAUUUCUCUAUUUUCUUGUGUUUAAGUUUUGUUUGUUUACCCGGAACUCUGAACUUCAUGUACCUUUGGUUCCCUUAAAAAUCCACAAAACUAGGCAUUUAUCAGUCUUUGAAGUAUUUAUAACCUCUAUACGUACACGACGCAAAACCCACAUACCUCAUUUCUCUGAAAAAAUCAUUGAUUAAGAAAAAGAAAGAGCUUUUGAGGGAGAGGGGAGAGUUGGGUGGUUAUUUGAGAAGGCGUUAAUUUAUUACCCUGUACUCAUCAAACUGUGAUAGUGACUCAAGUAGCGUUUAAAUUAACUGUGAUAAUGACUAUUUUAGUGUCAAUGUAUUUAGCUUAACAGUUAGCUAAUUGGGGACACUUUCCUACGUACUGGCCAACAAAUCUUAGACUUAAAUUAGUUUACUGUCCACUCAAGGGAGGUUAUUUGAGGUUCUAUGGACUCUUAGAAGGGCAUCAGCUUAGGUUUUCGGGAGGUUAAUGGGGAGGUUAAUGGGGAGGUUAAUGUUUGAGCGUUGCGCGUCGACCAGAAUUGGACUUUUUGCAUUCUUGGGCAGUGGUUUUGCCAACAUUUAAGAGUGAAGAGUCUCUGGGAUACAAAUUUGGGAGCGUCAAGGCAUUUAUAAAUCGGUUGAUGUGCGUCAAUCAAAAAUGCUUAUUACGCUCCCUGGUAAUGCAGUUAGUGGUGAAAUUACUGGAACCGACCUGGACUUCAGGAUU